GGGGCUCCUCAAACGUGUCCCCAUGGGAGGCGUGGCCCUGGCCAGGUGCCCCGGGAAAAUGCCCUGGAGUGCUCGGCCCUGGGGGUGCCAGAGUGAUGCCAGAAAAGCCUCAGGGCAGCCACGGGCGAGCGGAAACACAUUCCUGGCCGGGCCACGUCUGCAGAGGCACAAAAUGGGGAGAGGCUGAGCCAGGAACCCGGGAGCCACCGCUGCUCUGGGGAUAGGGAUGGUCCCCUUAGGGCUACAUCCCGGGUUCCAUGAGGACAGGACUGGAGGCAGCUGGUGGGGCAGGGUCCCUGCUGCAGGGGUCCCUGCUGCCGUGCUUGGUCUGUGCCACUCUUUGGGCAAGGUCCCACCUGGGACGCCCCGGCGGUGGCUGCAGGUUGGAGAUACCGAUGAGCUGUUGCAAAACUAUUACUAAGGCAAAAUCAUUAAAAAGCGGGUUGCAAUUGCGUAAUUGGUGAUUCUUAGCAAUGGUUGCGGGCUGACGGGCAGCUGGGGGGAUGGUGUGAGUCCAAUGCUGGUGUCCAACCACCCUGGUCUCGCCCGGGGUCUGCAGUGCCCGGAGCCACCCCUGCGGGGGACGGAGCGUCUCGGGGCAGGAGCUGCUGGUGUUGCUCGUGGAGGAAUCCGGCCCCGUGGAUCUCGCUGCAGGAUUUGACUCGCCUGGAUUGUUCAACCCGAGCGUGUGUGUGCAUGUGAGCAGACAAGAACCUCCACGGGAGCUGUUUGCCAGACUCACCCAGUUACUGGGAACAGAACAAACUACCCGUCCCCUCCCCGCUCUCACUCAGUGCUGCGCACACAAAGCCCGGGCACCCGGCAGGGCUGACGAGGAGCUUCCGAAAGGUGCCUGGAUCCUGCCACCUCCCUGUGUCCCUUCUCCAGCUGGGCAGCCCCAGGACACCUCGCUGCGCCCCACAGCCCUCCCUGGACGAGGGGACCGUGAUCGCCCGUGUGCCAUCGUGCUCCUGGCCAUGCCCUGCACUGGGCACUUCCCACCCCGCAGCCCCCGGUGAGCGGGGAAGGAGCCUGAGCCUCUUCCAGGUCGGGUGACUCCGGCGUCCGCCGGCCACCAUGGAUUGGAAAACGCUGCAGGCCCUGCUCAGUGGGGUCAACAAGUACUCCACGGCCUUCGGCCGCAUCUGGCUCUCCGUGGUCUUCGUCUUCCGCGUGCUGGUCUACGUGGUGGCGGCCGAGCGCGUGUGGGGAGACGAGCAGAAGGACUUUGACUGCAACACGCGGCAGCCGGGCUGCACCAACGUCUGCUAUGACCAUUUCUUCCCCAUCUCCCACAUCCGCCUCUGGGCCCUGCAGCUCAUCUUUGUCACUUGCCCUUCCCUCCUGGUCAUCAUGCACGUGGCCUACCGGGAGGACCGGGAGAAGAAGAACCGGGAGAAGAACGGGGAGAAUUGCCCCAAGCUCUACAGCAACACAGGCAAGAAGCAUGGUGGGCUGUGGUGGACCUACCUGCUCAGCCUCUUCUUCAAACUUAUCAUAGAGAUCCUAUUCCUCUAUCUCCUCCACAAGAUGUGGGACAGCUUUGACUUGCCACGGCUGGUCAAAUGCACCCAAGUGGAGCCCUGCCCCAACACAGUAGACUGCUACAUCGCUCGGCCAACCGAGAAGAGAGUCUUCACCUAUUUCAUGGUUGGAGCCUCCUCCAUCUGCAUCGUCCUCACCGUCUGUGAGAUCUUCUACCUCAUCUUCAAGCGGGUUGUGCGGCGUGCGCAGAAGUGGAAGAAGUCCACCAAGCGCUCCGUCAGCUACAGCAAGGCCUCCACCUGCCGGUGCCACCUCAAGACAGAGGAGAAGGACAACAAGUCCCAGACUAGGUGUGUGGCAGCCCUGUGAGCCUCUGCUCCCAACCUGACUGCUCUCUGAUGGGGUGCUGGGAGGGGGAGGGGGAGGGAGAUGUGUCCAGGGAUGGUUGGCCCCAGAGGUGGCCACUGGGGAUGCCACCACCAGACUCUUCAGCCAGAACCUUGAUGGCUCUAAAGGGGAAGGGGACACAUCCAUGGGAACUCUCCUGUUUGAGGGCAUGUCCCUGGGUGUCCCAGCAGCACGGACACGCUGGUGGCAGGUGGGUGCUGGCUGCCCAUGGGCACACCUGAGGUUUUCUCUUCUUUCCACAGAGGAGAGGAGCUGUGAGCUCGCCCGUCCCAGCUGGUUUGCCUUCCCCUUGGCCCAGCAGCUUUCCAAGCCUGCCAAGCCCCUGAACCCUCGAGAGUCAACCCAUGUGAAAAAUCACUAAAGCCAACAAAAUCCCCCGAGAGAGGCCCCUGGGUGCCUGAGCAGACGCAGGUAAGGCAAGGGCAGCCCUGGAGCUCUGUCACAGUGGUGCCAAGGGGCUUGGACAUCACACCGACACACAGACAACGUGCACAACCCUCCUGAGAGGCCAACCCCACCGUGGCAACCACCACUGUCCGGCCUGGCAACCAGCCCAGCCAAAAGCUGCAGGGAUGGAGCUGUUGAGCUUGGAGGACACACGGGACUGGGGCUGGCAGGAGGGAGAAUGGGCACCCUCCUGGUCCAACAGCUUCUUGUGGGUCCUCCAGCUCUGCUGCUCCCAGUACGAAUCCAUCUCUCGGUGCCUGGGGAAGGCUGGUGUCCCCCAGCAUGGUGACAGUCCCCAGUUUGCCAACUGGGGAGCAGUAGGAGCAGCUUUUUCCCCCUUUGCUCAUGCAAACACCGCGCUGAUGUCCUGCCCAAAUGGCUCUGGUGCUUCCCUUCGGUGCCUUUGUGUGUCCCCUCACCCCAGACGGACACGUCAGACACAACAUCAGCUGCGGAUCCAAAGCACCAAUGAACACACUGAGCUGGUUGUGGGCGCUGGGACCUGCUCUGCGCACCGUAAAUCGAGGGGAACUGGUGAGACCAGAAGAAAUGGAUUUGCAGAGGUUCCCCGGGAGCCCAGGGCUGGGUGCUCCUCACU